AUAACAGAGUUGCAGAAAGCAACCAAAAUAACCAAGCAACAAGACGAAGGCGCGCUCUCACUUACAGUGACAGAGUGACCGCCAUAAAUGAACCAUGAACCUCCUCUGCAACCCAAUACACACCUUCCCCUAUAAACCCUUCCCUCUAAUUUCCCUCCAUUCCUCCCGCUCUCCCUUCUUCAACUCAAAACGCUCGUUUCAACCCCAACCCAUCACCACCUUAAGCAUAAGGACUCGGAGCUAUGUUGCUAUCAAGGCAGCAGCAAACUCCGAAAUUGACAUGGUGCAGAACAAGCAAGGCAUAUACACGCCGAAGCAGAAGAAGGUGGUGAUCUUAUGGGACUUGGACAACAAACCCCCUCGCGGGCCGCCGUACCAAGCAGCAAUGGCCCUGAAACAGGUGGCCCAGCGCUUCGGUGAGGUCGUAGAGUCGUCAGCGUACGCCAACCGUCACGCGUUCGAUCAUUUGCCUCAGUGGGUCAUCGAACAACGCCGCGAGCGCAAACAAUUAGACAUAUUGGAGCGCAAGGGUUUAGUCGUUCCUUCUGAGCCUUACAUUUGUGGAGUAUGUGGUCGAAAGUGCAAGUCCAAUUUGGAUUUGAAAAAGCACUUCAAGCAGCUGCACGAGAGGGAGAGACAGAAGAAGCUGAAUCGAAUGAGGUCUCUGAAAGGGAAGAAACGGCAGCGUUUUAAGGAGAGGUUUGUAUCUGGGAACCACAAGUACAAUGAGGCUGCGAGGUCUUUGAUCAAGCCCAAGGUCGGGUAUGGGUUGGCCUCGGAGUUAAGAAGAGCGGGUGUUUUUGUGAAGACUGUGGAGGACAAGCCUCAGGCUGCUGAUUGGGCAUUGAAGAGGCAAAUGCAGCAUUCUAUGAGCCGUGGGAUUGACUGGUUGUUCUUGGUUUCGGACGAUUCAGAUUUUUCGGAGAUGUUGAGGAAGGCUAGAGAGGCCAACUUGGGGACUGUGGUGGUGGGGGAUUUUGACGGAGCUUUGGGAAGGCACGCGGAUGUUUGGAUGCCUUGGAUUGGGGUCGAAAAUGGGGAGGUUUCAGAGAAGGAUUUGGUACCCAAAAGGAGGAGAAGUGAGUUCUUUGAUGAGGAUGAUGAUGAUAAGGGUGAUGGGUUGUUUUCGCAUUCAGUUUUCGAUGGUGGCAGUGAAUUGGACAAUGUGGUUGAUGAACUUGUUGUUACUAGGUCCCCGUCUAGUGGAAUGAGGAUUUCGGCGUUUUCGGAAGGGGAAUUGGAAGGAGGAGAUUGGGUGGAAGACGAUGGGGAUAGCGAAGAUGGUGAGGACUAUUUGCUGGAUAGUGAGGAUGAGGAAGAUGGAUUUUUUUGAUAUGGCAAACUUAGUUGGUUGUUGGAUCAGGCAUGUGAUUGAACUGAUACUUUGAGGCCAUUUUGAUUCAAUUGUGGCACUGGUUUAGUUUUUUUCUGAGGUUGAGCAAAUAUGCAUUGGGGGUGUAUAGGAAUAUACAAGGAGAUGAGGAAGGAAUGGCUAUUCUAAUUGGUUAUUCAUGGCAAGGAUGCACUUGGUUUUUUUCGCCAUGUAAAGUGUUUAUAGUUUCUCCAUUUAAGAAUUCACAGGAUAUGUAUGGCCAGAAUUUCCUUCUUCAUCAUACACAA